UUUAUAGAAAUAGAAAAAGGAAGAGCCUCUCUCUCUCUCUCUCUCUGCGUUAACUCCGUUAUAACGUCUCCCGCUGCCGCGUGCAGAUCGUUUAACGGUUAACAGAACACGGCGUUAGAUAAAAGCGGUGUGUGUGUGUGUUGUCCCAUUGUGUUCAUAGCGUUCCAACGAAGACGAUGAACGCUCCUCCGUAACCGUUUUUCUUCUUCUUCUUCUUCUUCAGCUUCAGCUUCUGGUUUUGCAAGGUUUCAGUUUCUGUUGGAAAUUGAGGUGGCUUUGGAGUUUUCGAUUGUAAUUUUCGGUAAUCAUGGGAUCAGUUUGUUGUGUUGCUGCGAAAGAUCAUAGUCUUCCUAACACAACUGGAGGUGAGAGUUUGCAUAGAGAUGUUGUGUGUUCUCCGUCUUGGAGCUUUCAGUGGGAUAGUCGGGGACGUGUUGCUGAUGAAAUUGAGAAUCCUUCAUACCACACGUCCCGUGUGGUCAGCAGAAAUGUAAGCAUGGAGUUCAAAGGUUCGUUAAGUUCUGAAAGAGGUAAUUUAUCUGAUGGGGGCAGCAUCCUGGAGAAUUCUGUGACUCCUAUUUCUCUGAAGUCCCCUGUUGAUGACGCAUUAUCUUCUGAUCUGUCCAUGUCAAGCAAUUUUUCUACAGUGGUGAAGAAUCAGGCUGAAUCUCCAAUACAUAAUCUUUUCUUUUCAAUACCUUCAGUUUUCUCAACGCCUACAGCAGAUCUUUCAUCUAAUCAUGAUUAUCAUCGUCAUCCCACCUCUACCCCGACAAGAUGGGCACAUCGAUCUCCUGGCUACCCUCUGUUGAGACAGAUUUCUGACAAUCAGAUCCUGGGUCUGAAAUCACCUGACAACUCAAUUUCUGAAGGAAGGCCAUCAUUUGUACUCUCCACCUGCAGCAACGAAAUAGCAGCUGGAUCCCAAUGCGGAUCAUCUGAUGGCUGGUCCAUGCGCACCUUUUCUGAGCUGGUGGCCUCAUCGCAAAGAGAAGGGUUGUCUUUUGAUAGUGAGUGUUUAGGCUCAGGUCGUCGCAAGUUAAGUGGCUGUAGUAGUAGGUUCUCAUAUUCCCCUUCGAUGGAUCUUCGAUCAUGUGGGGCUUGCUCAAGACUUUUGACUGAGAGAUCAGCUUGGAACAACCAGAAGUUUGUUGCCAACAAUGACCUCUCAGUUGUUGCUGUACUGGACUGUGGUCAUGCAUAUCAUGCAGAAUGCUUAGAGACCAUGACAACAGAGGUAGAUAGGUAUGAUCCAGCUUGUCCAAUUUGUAUGGUUGGAGAUAAGCACUUGUCGAAGAUGUUCAGAAAAGGUCUUAGAGCUGAAUCAGAGAUAAAGGCCAAGAACCACAAAAUAUCCAAGAACAGGGUUAUUGAUAGCUAUCUUGAUGGUGGUUUUGAUGUUUUUGAUCGACAAAAAGAAUGGGGAGGAAAAAUUCCAAAGAUGGAGCCUAGCUCCAGUGCAAGGAGCUCAAAUGGAAAGCCUUUCUUGAGGCGUCACUUUUCAAUUGGGUCCAAGUGGAGGCGAUCAAUGUCUGAGAAUGAUUCUGCCAGGAAGAAAGGCUUUUGGGCAAGAUAUCGUAAAGAUUGAGUUCCAUGUGCUGCAAGCUUCUCUCUAGUUGUUGUAGUAAUAUGCCAUUGUCAAUUCAGAACUAGAAUUUUUCCAUGUAGUUUACUUUACUGAAUUACUGAUAAUUUUAAAUUAAUUAGUUUUGACUUUUGACCAGAAA